CAUUGAUAGAUGGCACUGACUGGCACUGAUGGAUGACACUGAAAGGCAGCUCAGAUGGGCACUGAUAUGUGGCAUUGAUGUGGCAAUGAUGUGUCACUGAUGGGCACUGGCAGGUGGCAUGGAUGAGCACUGAGAGCUGGCACUGAUGGACACUGACAGGUGGCGCUGCUGGUGCUACACAGAUCAUCAGGGCACACUGAUUAUCAGUGCUCUGAUGAUCUUUGUACAUGUCCCCUCUGAGGAGAGCUGUCAGUGUGACGGCUCGUGGGGAGAGAAAUGCAUUUCCCUGUGCAUUUCCCUGUUUACAUGUGAUCAGCUGUGAUUGGA